AUGGGUGAGGGCACCACGUUGAGAAGGACGCCUACAGACACCUCAAACCCGAAUGUUUUCAGUGACGAUUAUGCUCUUGAUCCUUUCGAAGCCAUCAGCGAUCUCAGCCCCAUAGGCUCUCUCGACAGUCGACCCGAAGAUCUGACACUUGGGGGCGGUGACAAUACACAAAGUGUUCCGCAAGAGUAUGUACCGCCUGGACUUCCUGGGAAGACUACACCUCUCAAUGGUCCAGCCGCGGGAAAAAGGGCCGUCCACACCGAUGUAGCCGCCGAUCCUCAUCGAACCUCAUCUCUUGCUUCCCGGUCAAUGACGGAUAUCCAAAGAACGCUGAGCACAUCCUCUCGGUUCUCCAUGCCCAGGGCUCCGAGUCCUUACCAUGGGCCCACUGCACCAAGUCAGCCAUAUGGGCUGUACCCUCAGGUCAUCCGUGCCUCGAGUAUUGCCAGCGAAUCUACGAUCAGACUCACCGAACGACCAUUUAUCGCUCAAGGCGGUCCUGAACAUCCUUACGGGAUGUUUCCUCAAAACACUGUUCCAGAAGAUGACGAUGAUGCAGAAGUGCCCCUGGGUCUGGGCUUCCCCGGCCUCAUCCAGGCGUUCCACCCAGGGACGUCUUCUCCGGGAAAUGACAUGGGCGACAUCGUCGGCACUGACGGGCACAUUGAGCAACUGCCUCCCUACAGUCGAUAUGCGGAUAAUGUUGUUGCCAAGGGAGACAUGGCCAGAAUUGACACGCAUACUACUAAUUCUCUGCCCACAGAAUCCCCACUAGAACCUCCUGUCCAGCCUAGUGCAUCUUCCGCCUCUGAUGUGGAGUUGACCGCUGCGCGCUCUGAACCGCCGACAGUAGAAACAGAAGUUGCGAGAAAAGAAGGAUUGUCCGAAAACAGGAGGAGGAGAAGAACAUGCUGCGGAAUGCCGUUAUGGACCGUGAUCACCAUAGUCGCGGUUAUCGUAUUGGCGGCCGUGCUGGGUGGUGUCAUUGGCGGAGUUGUUGGGACUCGAAAGGGAGCACACCAGGCUUCCUCAUCAAGUGCAACGACCACAGUUUGGCUCGAUGCCGACCCAGCCGAGACGGGGCCUUCCACUCCUCCGUGCCCUACCGGCCAUUAUUCCAUCCCUCUGAACCAGACACAGGAGAUCAGUAGUUGUGUCAUUGACGGCGCCUUCUCUGAAGUCUGGAGCUGUAUGGAUUUUGCCAGACUAGGCAUCAACAUCUUCGAGAGCAGCGAUGGAGGCCCACCGUUGUCGGUGGUGUUUGACGACUACUCCGUAAUGCCUCAACUUUUCAGAUACGGGCCACAGCCUCCCGACUUCAACGGUACCUCUUUCGACCUCUCCCCUUUUAAAGACAAAGACGACGACGAACUUGGCGUCGCCCUCUUUUUCAGUGUUUUAUUUGACAAGCUUAGUAUUUUACCUUCUGAUGCUCUUCCUCCUCCAGCUCCCAGCAAGCGAUCUAUUGCUGCGUCACAGCUGGCACGUAGAGACGCGGGCGAGACCGGAGGCUUCCUGAAUGUCGGCGACCAGCCUUGGUAUUGCUUCUGGAACUCCACCAUCAACGAGUUCUGGGUGUUUCUGGGUCAAGAUAUGGACGGGAAUGCCACGUCUUCCAACAGUACUUCCAGCAUCACUUCCGUCGCCAGUACAAGCACUGCAGCUCCCUCUCAUGGGACUUCGGCUGCCUCACCCACCCGUUUGACCGAGGCUACGAGCAGUCAGGGUCCCUUCCCAACCACACCAUAUCCGAGCGAACCAACAGGAGGAGCAUCCUGGACUGGCACAAAACCGGCGAGACUACGUCGCGCGGCUACGACGAAUGCCGGCGCGUACGAGUUCCCCAAGCUGGUGAAGAUGGUGGAGAAGCGUAAGCCUGACAACAACGUGCAACCAUAUUGUCAGCAGAUGCAAGUGCUCAACAACUGGCAAAUCGUGCCGAUCCCCACUGUACCGACCAUUGCCAUUGAAGAAAGCGACUACGGUCCUGCAUCCGCCACGGCUGGAAGCAAGAUGGCGAUGCGCCGCCAAGCGGGAGAUACAAUUCAACAGCUCGGGUCGAAUUGCAUUUGUGAGUGGUUCAGUGAUUGA